UAUGGCUGAGAGGUCUUUUGAAUAUUGUCAUAAAAGUAACGUUAAAACAAUCUGUUCACCCGUGUGCUGACACACUGAAAUGAAACACUGCUCUAAUGGACAGAUGCAGUUCAUCUCAGCAGACAGGGGGCGCUGUUGAGUUUUAAAAGCACAGUGUGGCGGGCACUAAAUAAAUAAACAACAUACACAUUAAAACAACAUGAAGCAUAGUCUGAGGGAAGCAUGCGAACGUUUUAAUUGGUUUAGUUACAUCCGCGAUUAAUGGCUAUAUCCACGGUUUAAUGUUUCCUCAACAAUGAAUUGUCUGGAUUAUUAGGAAUUAAUUGGAUAUCUCAAAUGCAACAUGACAAGAAUAUACUUUGUAUAGACUUUGUAUAGAGUUUGAAUAGAAGUGUUUUCUUUAUGAAAAUAUACAUAGGCUACCAACUGCACAUUAUUAAUGGCACACAAAUAAUAGGUUAAGUAGUAAUGAAUCUUCUAUUGUGGAGUCAUUAAGAGUCACUAAUAUCAAUAUAUUUUAACAUUUAAAUAACCGGACAAUUUUUUUUUUUUUUUUUCUCUCCUAAAUGUAUCAUAAGGCUACAUAACGUUAGAAACACUUCAUAUUAAAGAGACAUAUGAGAAACACUCCAUUGAUGAAAAGAUGAGCAAAAGCUUUACCAGCUUUAAAUGAUGUCAGUUCAUAAAGAGUUAAAUUGGUCCUUCAGCUCUCUGGCAGUUCUGACAGUUCGGAAAACUUUUGUUUCUUCUCUAGUAUGUAAAUUGACCCUCCGAUACAGCGAGCCUAUUGGCUACGAGUCCGAGUCAAUUUCGUAUUUCAAACCUGACGUCAGGGCGGCUAUAAAACUCAGCAUUGCUUUUAUACUCCUAUGCUCGGUGAUCCUUUAAAAACUCUUGAACAAUCCAGGACUACUUUUUUUUUUUUUUUUUUCUCUCUUCUUCUUCUUCUUCUUCCAGCCAAGCAUCCAAUUGCCAAUCACAUACAUGUUACGAUCUUCAUUUCUACGAAACUAUUGAGGAAAAAAAAAAAAAAAGAAAAGAAAGAAAGAAAGAUAGAAAGAAAGAAAAGAAAAGAAAAAAAAAAAAGAGCCGAAGCCAUGCAGUGUUAAAUGUUGGCGACUCAAACGCGUCGAUACUCGCGUGCAAAGAGAGAGCCACCGGAGACGCGCGCGCUCUUGCGUCCGUGCGCGAGAGGCGAAAAGGCGUCCAUUUAAAACCAAUAAAUCCGCGCAAGACAGCCCCUUUCUUUGCUUUUGAAGAAUUAAAUAAAGAAAUCAAGCUGGCUCACGCUGUCUCGAACCCGACCACUUUGACAGCUGCUCUUCACCCCCUUUGGAGGACUGUCAACAGCAAAAGGAUGGCAUCAGAACUGGCAAUGAGCAGCUCCGACCUGCCCACCAGUCCCCUGGCCAUGGAAUAUGUUAAUGACUUCGAUCUGAUGAAGUUUGAAGUGAAAAAGGAGCCGGUGGAGCCCGAUCGCAGCAUCAGCCAGUGCAGUCGCCUGAUCGCCGGGGGAUCCUUGUCUUCCACCCCGAUGAGCACGCCUUGCAGCUCGGUUCCCCCUUCCCCAAGCUUCUCGGCGCCCAGCCCGGGCUCCGGGAGCGAGCAGAAGGCGCACCUGGAGGAUUUCUACUGGAUGACCGGCUAUCAGCAGCAGCUCAACCCGGAGGCGCUGGGCUUCAGCCCCGAGGACGCGGUGGAGGCGCUCAUCAACAGCACGCACCAACUCCAGAGCUUCGACGGCUAUGCUAGAGGGCAGCAGUUCAACGGCGCGGCCGGGACGGGAGGUGCGAUGGCCGGGGAGGAGAUGGGCUCCGCCGCCGCGGUGGUCUCCGCAGUCAUCGCCGCCGCCGCAGCGCAGAACGGGGCACCGCACCACCACCACCACCACCAUCACCAUCACAACCACCACCCCGCCGGGCACCAUCCGUCGCCCGGGGUGCAGUCCAACGGUAACUCCUCCAACCACCACCAGCACAUGCACCUGGACGACCGCUUCUCGGACGAGCAGUUGGUGACCAUGUCCGUGCGCGAGCUCAACCGGCAGCUCCGGGGGGUCAGCAAAGAGGAGGUGAUCCGACUCAAACAGAAGAGGAGAACCCUCAAAAACAGAGGCUAUGCCCAGUCGUGUCGCUACAAGCGGGUCCAGCAGAGGCACGUCCUGGAGGGCGAGAAGAGCCAGCUCGUGCAGCAGGUGGAUCACCUCAAGCAGGAGAUCUCCAGACUGGUGCGCGAGAGAGACGCGUACAAAGAAAAAUACGAGAAGCUCAUCAGCAGCGGCUUCCGAGAAAACGGAUCGAGCAGCGACAACAACCCGUCGUCCCCGGAGUUUUUCAUGACAUCACGAAAAUUUCUACACCUGUGAUAUGACCUCUGACCCCUGCCCUUUGCCCCUGCAGUCUAAGACAGUGCAACACUGGAAUGCUUCUGGCUUAGAGUGACCCACGGCUCCAAGACUGCCACAAAGCACAACCUCUUUAAAAUCAACCCCUGAUGAAGACAGUGAGGAGGAGAAAGAGGAUGGAGGAGAAACCCUACAUAAA